ACGUCUGCCAGCCUCUCCCUGGGUAUUUCGAUGGGACAACAUGGCUGAGACAUCUAUUUUUCCCAUUAUGAUGCUGACAGUGAUGACCGGUGUAGGAAGAGGGGUAACUGACAGCCCUGGCAGAGUUUCUAGGUGUGGAGAACGUCCUGCCGCCAAUGCAUCUGUCAGCUACGGUCUGCUCUCUCGUAUUGUUGGAGGGACAUCUGCAGUGAAAGGGGAAAGCCCAUGGAUGGUGUCGUUAAAAAGAGAUGGGAAGCACUUCUGUGGAGGAACCAUUAUUAGCGAUAAAUACGUGCUUACCGCGGCGCAUUGCGUCUUAGACAAAAACUUUGAAUAUCACGUGAGCGUUUCGAUUGGAGAUCACGAUUUCACUGUAUAUGAAAGGAGUGAACAGCGUUUCGCCAUAAAAGCUGUUUUCAAGCACCCCAACUUCAACCCGAGCAGGCCCUUCAACUAUGACCUCGCAAUACUGGAGCUGGUGGAAAGCAUCACAUUUGAUAAAGAUAUCCAACCGGCAUGCCUACCGAGCCCCGAUGAUGUAUUUCCAACAGGAACUCUGUGUAUCGCACUUGGUUGGGGACGUCUAAAGGAAAAUGGAAGGUUACCUAGCAGCCUGCAAAAAGUUGUUUUACCUCUCAUUGAGUACAGAAGGUGCUUGAGCAUCAUGGAUACUGUGGAUCGGCGUUUGGCAUUUGAGACGGUGGUUUGUGCAGGAUUUCCAGAAGGGGGAAAAGACGCGUGUCAGGGUGACUCUGGAGGUCCUUUCCUUUGCCAGAGGAGCCAAGGAAGGUGGGUUUUGGUUGGUGUAACCUCCUGGGGAUUAGGAUGUGCACGGAAAUGGGCAGACAAUAUUCUGGACCCUCCGGAAAGGAGAGGUUCGCCAGGUGUUUUCACGGAUAUUCAGAGGCUUCUCAACUGGCUCAGUGAAAACCUCAAUCAAGACAAACCUGAUUUUCCAACGUAUCAAGUGCAGUGCAGUGCCAAUGAUGGGAUUGAGAAGGGAACCACGGGGGAAAUACUACUUCCGACAAGCUACAGGAAAUAUUACUCCAAUAAUGAAAAGUGCAUAUGGACAAUUAUCGUCCCUAGAGGAAAGCACAUUCUUCUGACCUUCAAAAGCUUCAACGUUGAGUGGGAUUAUUCUUGUGACCUAGAUUAUCUGGUGAUCUAUUCCUCAUUAGGACGUCUCAUUGGGAAAUUCUGCGGCGAUGUCAGGCCUCGGCCAUUACUGAUCGCUGAUGCAAGCAUCACUCUGAAGUUCAUCUCUGACUUUCAGGAAUACAAGACUGGAUUCUCACUCUUUUAUCAGGCAGUAGAACCGAACACAUAUCCAGAUUCUGACUGUGGAUCGGUUGCUGUUAUCUUUGAGGAAGGAGAAAUCCAAACUAUGAAUCAUCCCCUUUUGUACAGCAGCCAUGCCAAUUGUCAGUGGGUUGUGCACAGUCCGGCGAAUCACAUCAUUAAGAUAACCUUUCUAGUAUUUGAGGUUGAACCCAGUGAAGGGUGCAUUUUUGAUCGCCUCGUUGUCUAUCAUGACUUGCAAGGAACCAUGGUUGCAGGAUUCUUCUGUGGAUUUGCACUUCCCGACCCGGUUCUAAGUGUCUCUAACGUCAUGCAGAUUACAUUUACCUCUGAUUAUAGCGCCAAUUACUUGGGGUUCCAAGCAGUCAUUUCAUUUGUGCUUCCAUCUAGUCCUGUUAUGUCUGAGAAAGGAAACAAUCAGCCACGAAAAAAUCAAGAUGCAAUGCAACACUUUGAUGAGGGUUGUGGAGUCUCCCCAUUGCCACCCAGGUUCAUCUAUCAUAACUUAAUUAAAGCAGAAGAAGCAAUGCCUAACUCAUGGCCCUGGCAUGUCAGCAUCAAUUUUGGUAAUAAGCAUGUGUGUAAUGGAGCAAUUCUUUCUAAGACCUUUGUCGUUACAUCUGCCAACUGUGUUGCAGACAGGGAGGAGUUCCCCAGUGUAGGGCUGAUUGUCGCAGGACUGCAUGAUCUGGAGUCAUCGAUAAAUGCUCAGAAGCGGCCAGUGGAGUUUGUCAUUGUGCAUCCUGAUUAUAACCGGUUUUCAAAGGACUAUGACGUGGCCCUGAUCCACGUACAAAAGCCAUUCCAGUACAACUCCUAUGUACAGCCUAUAUGUCUCCCAGAUGGACAUAGCAAGCUGGAACCAUCCAAACUAUGUGUGGUGUCUGGAUGGGAUCUUAAUGUGGAAUUAUCUACAAAACUUCAGCAGCUGGAAGUUCCGGUGCUCAUGGAUGAUGUAUGUAAGAAAUACUAUGAUGGCAUUACGGAUAGGAUGUUUUGUGCUGGAGUCAUAGCAGAAGAAGACAAUGCUUCUUGCUUGGCACAGUCUGGAGCACCUCUAGUCUGUCAGUCUGCUCCGGGGAUCUACGUUAUCUUUGGUAUUGUGAGCCGGGGCGUCGGAUGCAAUGAAACCCCCAAAGCUGGAGUGUACAGCAGCGUUUUCUUAUUUAUUCCAUGGAUAAUGGAAACUAUUCUCUCAGUUGCUGGCAUCAUAGACACCGAUUCGGAGCCCCAUCAUCCACUUUUUCCUCCGAAUAAACUUUCCCAACAGAAGGCCCUGCUGCCAGACAGUCCUCCAUCCAAUGACUCCAGCUUCUCACAGGACAUCUACGUGACUUGUAAAGAUGUCAUGUCCCUGCAAUCUCCGGGGGAAAUUAAAUUGGUAGCCAGCGGUCAGGACGGUCCUGAAGGUGGCAGGUGCCAGCUGAUAUUCCAGGCCCCAGAAGGUCACUUUAUUUUGCUCACUUUUAAACAGUUGUCACACGAGCACUACUCCCUCAUCAUCUACGAAGGGGCGUCCAGCAAUAAAACCUUUAAAGCCCAACUGAUGGAGGAGAAGAUCCCCACCAUCAUGAAGUCCGCAGGCCCGGUCAUCACCUUAGAAGCCAGCAGCACGGCCCAGGAUUCUGCGCUUCACCUGUGGUUAUCUUACUCCUUCCACAACCAGAAUUAAUCAUCUGCACCCAAAUCCAAAAAUAUACCAUUAUAUGUUAAGAUUACAGUGAAAUUCCUCUAAUCCGGCAUCCAAUUAUCCAGAAAGUAUGACAAUCUGGUACCAGUUUCCUGCAUUUAAAGAUAUUCUCUGAGACCAGGGACCCAUGGCCUGGGGGCCAAAGUUUAAAAAGAACAAAAA